AUGGUGAAACGUCGCACUUGGCCGAAGCUUUGGCUGUCUCGAGUGCAACAUCUGUUCACAGUGGUGCACCUCAAUGCCAUCACACUGAGGUCUCGGAUGGGGCUCUUGGAAAGCUUCAUGGAGGACGAGGCGGUGACCUUCAGGCUGCAAGCCGUGAAAACAAGGAGCCGUGCUCGCCAGCAAGCAGCCCUAGUGGAAGAGACUCACAGAGCGGUAGCCGCGCUGGAUGGCCAUAGAGAAGAGCUGGCAAGAGGGCUGAGAGGUCCCAGAGGUCUUCCUCGCAACAAGACCGACUUGGUGAAGUUGGCGACGCUGCUGAAGGUGGACGUUCUGCCGAAGGACACGGCGGCGGACAUCACGACCAAGGUGAAGCCCAUGGUGGAGAUUCCGAAGAACCCGACAGUUCAGAAGGAAUCUCAGAAUCAGUCGCCAAUCCCGGAGCAGAUCAGCCUCACCAACCUCUACCUCUCCAGGAUCUUCGUGGUCUUCCGGUGGGCUUCGAGAACGUGGCAAUUCUGGAGAAGUGGAGAACCUCCCCGCGAUGUACCAGAUGGAUCGCGGAGACGACUGCCUUUAGAAUCCGAAGAAGUGAGGAAGUCCAUCGGAACCCUCACCGGUGGAACCUUUCAGAAGCUCAAGAGAGGCAUCAGAGAAGUUUUGGUGGCUGCUGCCGUCAAAGCCAAGAGGUUGAAAGCCAAGCUUGGCGCUCCAACGGACUAUGUCAUGGACACCAUCGUGGAACGACAGGAGAACAUUGCCUCUGGCACUCAUCGAGAAGGUUUUGCCUCCGAGAUGUUGGUUCCCUCGCUGCCUGACCUUGCGGUGUAUGAGACCGUGCAUUUGCCAGUCUCGCGCAUGGGAGAAAAGCGGCCAAAGAGGAAGAAACCAAGAGAGAUUGAUGAGUUGUGUUUUGUGCAUCUGCGUGGUUGGAUGUGCCGUGCCAACAAGCACAAGGCAAGGAGCGGGCUCCAGCACAUGCUGGGGCAGCUCCAACUCAGACGGAUCCACCUCAACAUCAACGGAGACGGUUUACAUGGCUGGAACGACAAGCUUGUCCAGAGAGCGUUGGAUUCCUUGGCCAAUGAUGGCACCCUGGCAGCUGUCACAACCUCACCAUCGAGCCCUAUGUCCUCCAGAUCAUUGAGAAAGUUGUUCCUCAUCUUCGAGGACAUGCUCUUCAGGUCCUUGGCGAGCCUGGCUCCCUUGGAAGACUUCAUUACCCAUACCACCUUCAUGAAGUUGGUCAAGCCUGCUUUGGGCUACAUUGCUGCUGCAGAUGCCAGACCCAUCUCAAACGUGGAGCCUUCAUGGUCUUCACCACGGAAUGGAUCUCCUGAGAGCUCCUGUACGCACAUCAUUGCCAACAUACAGGCAGGACUCCCCAUGCCUGAGGACUGCGAGGCCCGACUUGCUUGCGAAAGCGAAUGGCUCAAGGAAGCUUUCCGCAAACAUGACGCUCCUGAAGAACCUGUACCUCCAGCUCCACAAUCUUCUACACCAAUGCUCUAUUCAGUGACUCAGGCUGACGGCACUUUGCCCGCGGCUGCUACUUUCAAGUGUGUCCCUGUGAAGCUGGAGUUUCCCAGCCAACGCUUCCGCCACCUUUGCUCUUCUGCUGCGUUCAUCGAUCUCAGUGAC